AUCAAAAAGUUAGGAAGAUCUUGCUCAGAAUCGCUGCCGCCAUGGCCAGUCAGUUGCAGGGGAUUCAGCAGCUGCUGCAGGCCGAGAAGCGGGCCGCAGAGAAGGUGUCUGAGGCCUGCAAAAGAAAGAACCGGAGGCUGAAGCAGGCCAAAGCAGCAGCUCAGGCUGAAAUUGAACAGUACCACCUGCAGAGGGAGAAAGAGUUCAAGGCCAAGGAAGCUGCGGCACUGGGAUCCCAUGGCAGUUGCAGCACCGAAGUGGAGAAGGAGACCCAGGAGAAGAAGACCAUCCUCCAGACCUACUUUCGGCAGAACAGGGAUGAAGUCUUGGAUAACCUCUUGGCUUUUGUCUGUGACAUUCAGCCAGAAAUCCAUGAAAACUACCGCAUAAAUGGAUAAAGAAGAGAGAAGCACCUGUUCUGUGGAUUGGCAUUUUAGAUGCCCUCAUGGAAUAUGAAGCUUUAGUACAGCUCUAGUUAUCUUCUUAUGAAAUGGCAUUAAAUUAUUUCCGUGUAUUAUGUAGUAGGUCCUUCCACUUUUUGGAGAAUAGCAACUCUAGCUUUUUUGUACAGACUUAGAUUACCUAAAAAAUUUCAUCUUUUAACCUCAUAUUUCUUAGGAAUUUAAUGGGCACAUGUUGUCUUUUUUCCUAUGCCUUUCAGCUCAAGCAACAUGUACAUCAGUGUUGACUUUUUCUUUCUUAGAUCUGGUUU